UAGGCGGGAUCUGAGGAAAUGCAUUGAGGCCAUUUUUUCCCAUUUCAGCCUAGGGAGAAUGUCAACUGUGGACGCUACACUGGCUUUGGGGGCGUCUGAGGACUUCCUGAACAAGGCUAUUCGCAUUGGAUUGUACUUAAGUGCUACAUUCCAGGUCAUCUGCCUCACGACGAUCAUCUUCCUGCCGACGUCCCUCAUGAAGUGCUUCAAUGGCUGGGAUAAGAGCAAAAAGCUCGAUGAGAGUGACGACACAAGUUCCGAACACUCUACGCCCCAAAAUGAUCCAAAGCAGCGACAUCACCAGAGGCGAAAGCAGGAGAAGAAGAAGCGCAAAUAGUUAUGCUG